CAGGGAUGUUUGUAAUCUGGAUAUUCUGAUACCGAGGCGCCUGGAAGGGCUGGGCCGACAAGGAAAAACCAUCUGAGAAAAUAAUUAUAUUUGGUGGGGUGUGUGUGCGCGACCCUAGGCAUUUCCCUAUUGUUUUAGCAGGAAUCGGAACUCAACAACACCUCCCAGCUGCCUAACUUUUGCUUGCCUUUAGUUUUUAAGACAGAUCGUAUUUUAAUAAUUGUUCAGUAAGUCCCGUGUUUCUCUUUGCCUUUUUUUACUUCAUGUUACGUUAACACGUUGUCAUUACAGGUUGUCAGUGCUCUAUACACCUGUCCACAGGAAUGACAUGUGAUGCCCGAAAAGCAUCAUUGAAGCGAAGCGGAGAGUAAACAGUCCGUGGAAGAGAAGUGCGCUGCGCUACCGUGACCUUCAUGUGGACCGCAGUCUGUUGUGCGACCAUCAGUUUUUUCAAUUAGUCCUGAAACUUACAGAGAGGAGGCUGGUGUAGACGGUGGUGUGAGGUUAGUGAUGGAGAGUGCUCUCUCAGCAAGAGAUCGAGUGGGUGUCCAAGACUUUCUGCUCUUGGAGAACCCCAACAGCGAAGCCGCAUUUAUUGAAAAUCUGCGGCGACGGUACAGAGAAGGCCUCAUAUAUACGUAUAUUGGGUCAGUACUGGUAUCCGUGAAUCCUUACAGAGAACUGGAGAUUUACUCCAAACAGAACAUGGACCGGCACAGAGGAGUCAACUUCUAUGAGAUCUCACCUCACAUUUUUGCCCUGGCGGAUAAUUCAUACCGUGCCUUGCGCACUGAGAGAAGAGAUCAGUGUAUUCUGAUCUCGGGAGAGAGUGGAGCUGGAAAGACUGAAGCCUCCAAGAAAAUUCUUCAGUAUUACACACACAUCUGUCCCACCCGCAACAACACGCACACUAUAAGAGAGAGACUGUUACAGUCCAACCCUGUUCUGGAGGCUUUUGGAAAUGCUAAAACUCUUCGGAAUGACAAUUCAAGUCGCUUUGGGAAAUACAUGGACAUUCAGUUUGACUAUAAGGGGGCUCCAAUAGGAGGUCACAUCCUCAACUACCUGUUAGAGAAGUCUCGUGUAGCCCACCAGAACCACGGCGAGAGAAACUUUCACAUCUUCUAUCAGCUACUGGAGGGUGGAGACGACCCUCUUUUGAAGAGACUGGGGUUAGAGAAAACCAACCCACAACAUUAUCAUUACCUAGUUAAGGGAAACUGUCCACGGGUGAGCUCCAUCAGUGAUAAGAACGGCUGGAAAGUUGUGAGCAAUGCAUUCACCAUCAUUGGUUUUAAUGAAGAGGAGAUACAGGGGCUGAUGGAGAUUGUGGCCAGUGUUUUACACCUGGGUAACACACAGUUUGGUGAGGAUGAGGAGGGUGAGACACACAUCACCACUGAACCUCAGCUGAGAUAUCUGUCCCAGCUGCUGGGUGUGGACGGGUCAGUUCUGAAAGAAGCUCUUACUCAUAAGAAAAUUGUUGCCAAAGGGGAGGAGAUGAUCAGUCCAUUGAGUUUAGAACAGGCGCUCUCUGCUCGAGACUCAUUGGCUAAAGCCAUAUAUGGUGGUGCCUUUACCUGGCUUGUCCAAAAGUUAAACCAAUCGUUGGCUUUUAAGGAUGAGGUCCACUACUCUAGCAAAUGUUCUUCUGUUAUCGGUUUGCUAGACAUAUAUGGAUUUGAAGUCUUUCAACACAACAGUUUUGAGCAGUUCUGUAUUAACUACUGCAAUGAGAAGCUUCAGCAGCUGUUUAUUGAGCUCACACUGAAGGGUGAACAGGAGGAAUAUGAGGCUGAAGGGAUCGUGUGGGAGAGAGUGGAAUAUUUCAACAACAAAAUCAUCUGUGACCUGGUGGAGGAGAAACAUAAAGGCAUCAUUGCCAUUCUGGAUGAGGAGUGCCUAAGACCAGGAGAUGCCAGUGACAUCACGUUCCUGGAGAAGCUGGAGGACACACUAGGGAACCAUGCCCAUUUUGUUACUCAUAAAAUGGCCAAUGGGAAGAUCCGCAAGGCAAUGGGGCGGGAAGAAUUUCGUCUGGCUCACUAUGCUGGAGAGGUCAACUACAAUGUAAAUGGAUUUCUGGACACAAAUAAUGACCUGCUGUACAGACACCUAAAAGAGGUGAUGUGUCAAUCAAGGAAUCACACUGUGAGUCAGUGUUUCCAUUCAGAAAAGUUGAUGGACCAGAGAAGACCAGAGACGGCUGCCACGCAGUUUAAGCUCAGUUUGGCUAAACUGAUGGAGAUUCUGAUGUCUAAGGAACCAUCAUACGUCCGAUGUAUAAAACCCAAUGAUGCUAAACAGCCAGGUAGGUUUGAUGAAGUAUUGGUCAGGCAUCAGGUGAAGUAUUUGGGUUUGAUGGAGAAUCUGAGAGUGAGGAGAGCAGGAUUUGCAUACAGACGAAACUAUGAAGCGUUCCUAGAAAGGUAUAAGUCUCUGUGUUCGGACACCUGGCCAAACUGGCAAGGGAAAGUAUCAGAGGGAGUCGCCAUUCUGGUCAAACACCUCAACUACAAACCUGAGGAAUACAAACUGGGCAGGUCCAAGAUUUUUAUCCGCUUCCCAAGGACUCUGUUUGUGACUGAGGAUGCACUUGAGGCCCAGAAGCAAACCAUCGCUGUCACUGUGCAGAAAUCCUGGCGGGGCUACAGGGAGCGAGCCAAGUAUCAUCGUAUUCGAUCUGCAGUUAUUGCUAUCCAAUCAUGGUGGAGAGGGGUCAAAGGUCGCAGGAAAGCCAAGCAUCGUAGACAAGCAGCAGAUACCAUACGCAAGUUUAUCAAAGGCUUUAUAUUGCGCAAUGAGCCCCGUUGCCCUGACAACGAGUACUUCCUGGACCACGUACGAUACUCCUUCUUGAUGAAAGUGAGACGGAAUCUGCCCAAAAGUGUGCUUGACAAGAGCUGGCCAAGACCUCCACCUUCACUCACUGAGGCAUCUGAGCUUAUUCAAAGAAUGUGCAUACGCAAUCUAGUCAAUGACUACUGUAGGAGAAUCCAUUCCGAGUGGAAGAAGGAGCUGGAACAGAAGGUGGUAGCCAGUGCAAUCUUUAGGGGUCAGAAGGAGUGCUAUCCUCGAAGCGUUCCCAAACUUUUUGUGACCACCAGAAUAGAAACCGAGGAAAUUAAUCUCAAAGUAUUGCAGACUCUUGGAAAUGACAACAAAGUGAAGUAUGGUGUCGCCGUCAUCAAAUACGAUCGUCACGGUUUCCGAGCACGUCCACGUCAGCUACUGCUGACCACUUCAGCUGCUGUGUUGGUCCAGGAAGCAAAAAUCAAACAACGCAUUGAGUACAGCACCUUGCUGGGCAUUUCUGUUAGUUCCCUCAGCGACGGCUUCUUUGUUUUGCACGUUCCCACUGCUGACAGUAAGCAGAAGGGUGACCUGGUGCUCCAAUGUGAUCAUGUGAUAGAGGCCGUCGCAAAACUGGCUAUCAUGGCAGACAAGAUACACAAUGUCAACAUCAGUCAGGACAGUAUCAGGUUUGCAAUAGCGAGAGGAAAGGAGGGAGUAAUACAUUUCACCUGCGGUCAGGAACUACGUGUUGUGAAAACCAAGAAUGGACAACUCUCUGUGACCACUCCUCUGAUCUCAUGAUCAGCCAGUGACAGCUUACCAACAGAAGGAAUCUUGAGCAUUUCCGAAGAGAGCUUUAGCCAAUCACCAGAUAAAGCCAGACAACACUUUAUAUGCUUCCAUCCAAAGCUGCAUCUGCAAUUGUGUAUUAACCCUUUGAUGCACAAGCUAUUGAAACCCAUUCUAAUGCACAACGUGGGUUUAAAAUGACCCGUAUUAAUUUUCUAUGUUUUUUCAUGCAUGGCUGUGGUUUUUUGUUUCAUCCUUUGAAAUUUAAUUAUAUCAGCGUUUAUUAUUCAAUGAUCUACGAAAUCCAUGAUUCAUGAAUAUUAUGAAAUAAUGUAUUUGAAAUUUUUCCCAGGAUUUUGUGUGAAUAAAAUGCCAAAAAAAAUUAUCAAUACAAUAAUGAUAAAAAAAUGUUUUGUUAAAAUAUUCAUUUUAAUUAUUUAGACCAAAACUUUUAAAACUUGUAAUAUAUUUAUUUGACGCUUUUUAUCACUUACCAUAUCAUAGCUGCUAACACUAAUUUGAACUGUAUCUAUCAGUAGUGCAACUUAAGUGAAUUGUGGUGACAAAAUAAGAGAAAGAAAUGGACAAAUUAACAUUACACAUUUCCAGUUCCGUUUCACAUUGUCAACUCAGUGCUUGCACGCCUCACAUAAAUGACAGCUACACAUUUGUGCUCCUGCAUCAGGACUAAGAAAGACCUUAUAUUCCUCAUCCUGUUCAUCGUGCAACACUCCAAGACCAUUUCAGGAUUUAAUGAAGAAUAAUAGCCAUAAUAAUACUCUGGAUAAAUAUAACCACAAGAAUAUUUUCAAAUGCAGAUCAAACAGUUGGUCAUGUACAAUACUUAUAUAUUGUCAACGGCAGCUCCCAUGCUCCCAUGUUGUGCAUUAGAUGAUCUAUUUUCAUUCAAGUAAGAAAUGGUAAAAUUAAAAUAACAAUUUGUGAUGAUCAAAGUUAAUUGAGGAAUACCUGGAAUACUGAAUUAUAAAAUUAAUUUCUUGCAAAGAUAUAGAAAAUAAAGACUGUUGGGUAAGUUUAGACCCAUGUUCUGCAUCAAAGGGCUACAUUUUUUUUUUAUCAUUUCUUAGAAUACCGAAACUUUGAUAAGGUUGAAUGUGCAUUUUAAUGAUGAUUUUGUAAAUGUAUUGAUGAUCAUAUUUUCUCUUUGCAUAAUUAUCAAAUGAGAUCUGUGCUACAUAUGUCAUAGUUUCAAUCUUAAAGACAAACAUACUAUAUUGUUUUAAAUGAUGUCAUAAACUGCAGAAAAACAGAAGGUUGACACUCAAUCUGUUAGUGCAAUAUGUACUUUUUUGACAUUAAUGCUUUUAAAAUUUUGUAUUGAAUUUAAUUUCCUGUGAUAAUAUAUAGGCCUCUAUCAUUGGUUUAUAUGUUCAUAUUAGACGCCAAAGAACCACUUUUCCAACCCGUGUUUUGGAACGAUCAGUUGCAACAUGACGUAAUCCGGGUUGGUCAGCAUGUGCACAUACUCAGAAAAUAAAUGUUGAAAUGGAAAAACUUUGUCUCACAAAUACACAUACACUGUAAGUGCCUCUCAGCAAUUUUAUUGAAUAUUCAUAACACAGAUGGCAAAAAAUAUUUCACUGCUUUCCAUAGAAAUUAAAUACUGUAUGUGUUCAGCACACAUUUCAUAGAUAAAUAAAAUAAAUAAUUUAAUAAAUAACACAAGGUGGAAAGUACAGGGGAAAGACAAUGAAAGGGGAUAUAAAGUCUCAUUCUGUCCUCUGAUUGGCUGAAUGUCAGUGGGGGAGGGAAGUGGGGUGUUUGGGGAAUUUUGAUUUUGGAGCGUGACUAACUUGUUUUUAUGUUUGUCAAAAUGUCUAAUAUAAAGUGUGUACUGUUUAACGUUCUUAUCAAUUUGAAAUACAGCAUGAACAUAACCUACGUUUAAUAAAAAAUCCCAAAAUGACAGAAUUUGUUCUUGACUUUAUCAUCUGAUUAAUACUGCUUGUUUAACAUUAAUAAAAUGUGCUCUUUUUAUAUUCGGAACAAAAGGU